AUGUCGACCAAAUCCGUCACCAUGUCCAACUUUGGCGGCGCCCACGCUGCCGGCAUCUUCUCCGACAUGACGGUCGAUGGGCCUAUAAUCGGCACCCUGGUCGUCAUCAUGGACCGCGCGAGGAAUUUGCCCAACAAGCGGACCAUGGGCAAACAGGACCCUUAUUGUGCUGCACGCCUGGGCAAGGAAGCAAAAAAGACGAGGACGGAUAAGCGCGGAGGGCAGACGCCCAAGUGGGACCAGGAAUUGCGCUUCACAGUCCACGACUCGCCUGACUACAACCGCCUCAAGGUGUCCGUCUUCAACGACGACAAGAAGACGGAGCUGAUUGGCGAGGCCUAUGCGAACCUGCAGUCCGUCAUUACACCCGGCGGAGGACAGAGCGAUGAGUGGCUCGGCCUGAAUUGCAAGGGCAAGUACGCGGGCGAAAUCCGCAUGGAGAUGACCUACUACGACACCCGCCCCAAGACGGAGAAGCAGGUAUCUGACAGGAAGAGGGAAUCGGCCAAAGCAGAAACAUAUGGACAUGGACAUGGACACGGCGUAGUAGGGGGGGCGCGAGAGAUGGCGCCCAUCAAGCGACGACCGCUGCCCAACGAUCCCACAGGCGCUUCGCCGUCGCCCGUCCACACGCCAGAGCACCGGGGACUGCGCGGUCUGCGAGCUGGCCCACGAGAGCUGGGCUCGCCGCGACACCAUCAGUCGCCCAGCGAGCAGUCGCCAGGCCACAGAAGCCAGUCGGAUACGCCUACCCGCAGGCCUGUGGCCGCAGGUUCGCCAUUGAACUCGACGCCUCCCCAGCGCCCAGCGCCGCAAUCUUCAUACAGCACGCCGCCAAACCCGCGCCCGUCGAACCAGAGAAUGCCACUACCGAGAGAAGAGAGCUUUGACAUGUCAUAUGCAGCGCCGAAACCAUAUGAGGUGAAGCCAAUAGACCCUCUGCCUCAGCACAUCCGCCAUGCAGAGCCAAGAAGAACAUCUCAAGAGGAUGACCGCUCGCCCCGUGCUCAUCCGCAGCAGCACCCGGCUGAGCCUGUCCACUCGCACUCUGCUCCAAUCGUCCCAACACAGCACAGCUAUGAGGCUUCGGCCCACCAGCAGCAGCUACAGCAGCAACAACUGCAGAUCCAGUAUCUGCAACAACAACUGUUGCAGCAACAGCAGGUCGAGCCGCAAAGGAUUGAACCAGCUCGGCAGGCUCCGGCUUCAUACGGUCAGGAACAGUACCAGGACCCUUCCUACCAGGUUGCGCCUCUGCGCACCUCUCGAAGCCGCGAGUACAGCGACGAGCAGGUGUCGCCCAUGAACCCUUACUAUGGGCAGCUGAGGUUCAUUGAGGCGCCUCCUACACACGAGGAGGGCUCCUUGCACCGAAGACGCAGUGCGAUGCAGCCAAUGGUCGAAGACGAGGAUGAUAUGCCACCACCGCCGCCAACGCAUAAGCGCAACGCGAGCACUGUGCCUCAUCGCCGCCAUGAAAGCCCCGAGCAGUACCACAAUGAAGCUCCUGAACCACUCAGUUUCUCAUCCCGGUCUCGGGAGCAGUCGCGUCGUCUCAGUUACGACACUGCGCCCCAAAAUUACGAGUCCAACGACUACGCACCACGACAACCCGGGGAGCGGCGAUACACGCAUCCUCGUAUGCCAGCCCAACAAUCAAGUCGCCCAACAUCCCGUCAGGACAUGAUGGUGCCCUCUCCACUGCGACAGGAGACCUUGCGCCAGGAACCGCCGGCAUUGCCAUCUAGUCUCAUUGCUGGCCUUAAUCCUGCCAGACAAGAGAUUGAAGCGGUGCCGUAUGAGGCGCCUCCAACAUACGAGACUCCUCCACGGCUGCGUCACUACUCUGAGCCAGCAGAAUACCGGGCCAUCACCCAGUACGAAACGCCUGUGCAGUCUCAAGAACUGGUCCAUCAUUCGGCCUACCAAAACAACGAUUACUACCCGCAUGACCCACCGGAGCAGCCCCGCCAGAGAUCGCCUCCGGCAUAUGAUACCGCUGCUAUCGUCAAGCCACGCGCUACAAGCCCCGGUGUUAACCCACGCUACACUCCUAACCCACCCAUGGAUCGUUACUCUCCAAACCUUGAUAUCGAUCGCUACUCGCCGAAUCCGGUCACUGAGCGCUCGUCUAGGAUGCCUGCGCGAAGCAUGCCGACUCGCAAGUCUGUCUCACCCCGACCACCACCUCCUGCGGAGGACUUUGGUGAGCGAAGACUAUCUGGUGUUGCUUUCAACCCAGACAGCUUCGACGUGUACAACCCGAGAGUAUCCAAGUCGCCCAUUCCUUCGGAUGAUGAGCCGGAGCGACCAGGCAGUCGCAUGGAGUACAACGACAAAGGCCAGAUUGUCACCUUCAGCGGCCGCGUCGUUGAUGCCUCUGACCAUCUUCCCGUCGACAACUGGGCCCCUGAGCCAGUGCCGAAAGGCACUGUGAAGGAGAAAUCUUCUCGGUCCCGACCACAGCUAAACGGCAGUCGAGACCUCGAAGCUGCCAUGCAACGCGAGGAGCGUUACCAACGGGAGCGCGCGGAGCGAGAGCGCAUCCGCCAUGCGACAAGCAUGAACUUUGACAACAGCAGCGCGCUCGUAACGACAAGACAUGACUUUAACGACACUGUGAAUGCCGGCGCACUUGUCCUAGCAAGCCAUCAUCACGCCGACCCCUCCAACUCUAUCGGUCGCAACAGGCGAGACCAACAGCAGCGCCCAGUAUCCUCAUAUGACACCCCACCCCAGUACCAGAUGCCGGACAGGCAAGUUCUCCGUGAGCGAGAAAACCCCAACAGCUAUGGCAGUAGCCCUGGCUAUGACCGACGCGGCACGCAGAGACACAGCGUCGCGGGCCCCCCUCCCAUUCCAGCCAAAGUACCUCUCGAUAUGGGCGGUGGCUACGGCGUUCAGAAUGAAGACAUGGCACUUAGCCUUGAGCUCCAAAGCAUCGACAUUGGUCCUGGGUCUGGGACACGCAGGCCACGAACUACGGCUCGACGACAGUAUGGAUACUAAUGGUGCCAUGAAAGAUGUCAUGUCUUUUUGCUUAUGCGGAUUUACGCCUUUCUGAUGGUGUGUGUGUGUUUUUUUGUGUACGAUAACAAUGGUUUGAUGUCAUUUUUUUGGUAAGUUUUAGAACCGGUGGUUGGUUGGUGCGUUCUUGUGGUGGUGGUAGUGUUUCCUAGGAAACCAACCCCCUUUCUUCUUUCUCUCUCUUUUAGUAAUUGCUCGAUGUACUGUGCGAUUCCAACGAGGGUUUGAGAGCCAGAACAUGUCCGAGUCUUUUUUUUUCUUCAUUCCUUUGAUGCGCUUCGAAUACACCUACCUAACCUGCUUUUAUGGCUGUGUUUUUCUUUGUCGGGCUUAGAAGCAAUAGCUUGCAUAGAUAUCCAACACUCAUGGGCGUGUGUCCACCCUUUUUUUUCUUGCGAUUAUCUCUUCUCUUCUCUUUGCUCCUGAGUGAAGUAGUUAUUGAGGAUAGUAAUUUAUACAUGAUCACCACUU